AUGUACCGGUCGAAGUGGUACGAGGAGGCUAUUGCCCUCUUCCACUUCUUCUUCAACCAAUUCAAUAUCGUCCCCAACAUCGUCUCUUACAACAACGUGAUCAACACCCACUGCGACGAGGGUCGUGUCGACGUGGCCCUUGAAGUCUAUCGCCACGUCCUCGCCAACGCUCCUUUCAGUCCCUCCCCCGUUACCUAUCGCCAUCUCACCAAAGGUUUGAUCCAAGCCGGUCGAAUUUCCGAAGCCGUCGACCUCUUGCGCGAGAUGCUCACUAAGGGCCACGGCGCGGAUUCCCUCGUCUACAACAACCUCAUUUCAGGCUUUAUCGAACUGGAGAAUUUGGAGAAGGCCAAUGAGCUCUUCGACGAGCUUAAGGAGCGCUGCCUGGUGUAUGACGGGGUUGUGAAUUCCACUUUCAUGGAAUGGUUCUUCAAAAAGGGUAGGGAUAAGGAAGCCAUGGAGUCCUACAGGUCCUACAGGUCCUUGUUGGAGCGCCAGUUUAGGAUGACCCCUGCCACUUGCAACGUUUUGUUGGAGUGUUUGCUCAAGCAUGCCAGGAAAACUGAGGCUUGGGCCUUGUUUGAUCAUAUGCUCGACAAUCACACCCCUCCCAAUUUCCAAGCUGUUAACUCUGAUACCUCCAAGCUUGGGCCUUGUUUGAUCUUAUGCUUUCGCAAGCUGAGACCCUGUUUGAAGAACUGUGCUCGAAGUCUUUAA